AUGCGAUUCUUCAAAGAGUGCCCUUGUGAGAAAGUCGUGCACACUUCACAAGCUUCAUUGUUUUCGACGAGUUCUGGAUGGACCAAUUUUCAAGGAUUUUUCAAUUUAUCUAUUUUGCUUUUUGUUUUGUCGAAUGGUCGUGUGGCUCUUGAAAAUGUCAUAAAGUAUGGGAUUUUAAUACGUCCGCAGCAAUGGGUCUCAAUAUUCCAGGAGGACUGCCAUAUAUGGAAUUGGCCUAAUUUGGCAUUGAUCGUUGUUUCUAAUGUUCAGAUUUUGACAAUGUUCGGAGUCGAAAAAAUGCUAGAGAAGAAAUGGAUUGGAAACUUCUUCGCCGCCAUUUUCUACACUGUUCUCAUUGCUGUUCAUCUCACCAUUCCAAUCGUUGUCACUUUCGGAACAUCUUCGAAAAAUCCAAUGUUUUCUAUGGCUGCAAUGUCCGUUUAUGUCAUCGAAUCCCUUAAAUUUGUUUCAUAUGGGCAUGUCAAUUACUGGGCCCGCGAUGCACGCAAAAAAAUUGAUGAACUCAAGGAAAAUGUGAAGGAACUUGCAAAAAGGACAACCGAUCCAAAGGAAUUUUGGGAAUUGAAAGACGAGCUCUCUGUUCAUCAAAUGGCCCAACUUUAUCAAGCAUCGCUCACACUCUCCAAUUUGUACUAUUUCAUGUUUGCACCAACUCUUUGUUAUGAAUUCAAAUUUCCGCGGACACAUCGAAUUCGAAAGCAUUUCUUGAUUAAACGGACUGUUGAGCUUAUUUUCCUAUCGUUCCUUAUUGCUGCUCUAGUACAACAGUGGGUUGUUCCAACUGUUCGCAACAGUAUGAAGCCAAUGAGCGAAAUGGAAUAUAGUAGAUGUUUGGAACGACUUCUCAAAUUGGCCGUUCCGAAUCAUGUUAUUUGGCUCAUUUUCUUCUAUACAUUCUUUCAUUCAUUCUUGAACUUGGUUGCCGAACUUCUUCGAUUUGCUGAUCGAGAGUUCUACAGAGAUUUCUGGAAUUCAGAGACAACAUCAUAUUUCUGGAAGACUUGGAAUAUUCCGGCCCAUCGAUUUGCCGUACGACAUAUUUAUAUGCCGAUGAUGAGAAAUAAUUUUAGCAAACGAAGUGCAUUUUUUGUUGUCUUUUUCGUUUCCGCCUUCUUCCAUGAAUAUCUCGUUUCGGUUCCACUAAAAAUGUUCCGCUUAUGGGCAUAUUAUGGAAUGAUGGGCCAAAUACCUCUGUCAUUUAUCACUGAUAAAGUUGUGCGCGGUGGUAGAGCAGGAAAUAUAAUUGUGUGGCUCUCGUUGAUCGUCGGCCAACCACUUGCAAUCCUUAUGUAUGGACUCGACUGGUAUAUCCUGAACUACGGCGACGUUCGGAAUAACACUGUUAUCGUUUAG